CCUGGCUAACUAGAAAAUCCGCAGUGAAAACAAACAGAUGCAACUACAUCAAAGAAGAUCUAGAUUUCUAUCAAAUAAAAUAAAAAGAGCUUUAAAAAGUUAAAAUCUUGGCAAACUGAUUUAUAAGAGAAAUGAAGGAUCUUGAAAAGCAUAAUUUAGGUGAAAAUGGACUUGUGAUUAAUUUGAUGAAUGCGUGUAGCAUUGCAAAUGAGGAAAGGUCUGCUUUGGAAAAGCACAGCUGCAGCAAUUCAAAUCAAAGUACUGAAAGUAGUUGUCCAAAUGCAGAUGGCAUAUCUGUGUCAACUUUAGAUGAUAAGCAAAAUGAGGAGAGAAAAAAAAACCUUUCGCAAGUGCAAUGUAAUGUCUCUCAUAAUGACGUUGGUGUGUUAUUUCCAGAGACACCACAAAAUAAUCCCUCAGAAUUAUGUGGAACAAUUGAUGGUAUCAUGUAUGAAGUGUAUGAGUCAGAGAAACAAAUGCCAGAUAUUAUGAGGUUGAUUACCAAAGACUUAUCAGAGCCUUAUUCAAUUUACACAUACAGAUAUUUUAUUCACAAUUGGCCAAAGUUAUGUUUUUUGGCAAUGGCUGACAAAGUAUGUGUUGGUGCUAUUGUCUGCAAACUUGACUUACACAAAAAAAUGGUCAGAAGAGGCUAUAUUGCUAUGUUAGCUGUGGAUUCAGAGUUUAGGCGAAGGCAAAUAGGUUCAUCUCUUGUGACAAAAGCAAUAGAAGCCAUGAUAAGGGAUGAGUGCGAUGAGGUAGUACUAGAAACAGAGAUCACCAAUCAAGCUGCACUUCAUUUAUAUGAAAACCUGGGAUUUGUUAGGGAUAAACGUCUUUUCCGGUACUAUCUUAAUGGUGUUGAUGCAUUGAGACUCAAGCUUUGGCUGCGAUAAAAACUGUAACCAUGAUAUUGUAAUAAAAUGCUUUUUAAAUACUUUA